GCGCAAAAUCCUUUUUGGAAAUGGACAUGCAUUUGCUAGUUAUGUAAAUGAUGCUGGAGCUCUUGUCCUCUUGUGUCUCCUGAUCGUGAAAAACGAGUUCCUGUCUUUGCCCACAUCCAAUGGAAAAACAGUCUCUGCCCUGAGGGUGGGAUUUCCACAUUAGUGGAUGCUGUAGUGUGUUUUUAUUCGGUUUGCUACAGGAAUGCGCAGCGGAAGAGACGGGGACUGUUUGGUACAAUAGGGACGGGUCCCUGUUGAGGAGGAGGAGGAGGAGGAGGGUGGGGAGGGGGUACAAUGAUGGAUUCAUAAGUUUUCUAUUCCCAGAAAAGCAUUUCUUCACUCACCCUCCGGAAUCCCUUCAUCAGAGCCUACAAUGAUCCCAUCGGACACAUCGAGCUGAAAGUGUUUCCAGUGUGGCGGGGGAUCGGAGCCAAUAGUGGUGUUGGAGGCGGGUGGAGCCAGGGCUGGGGACGUUGCUUGCGAUGGGAGCCAGACAGUCCAGGACAAAGGGCCCGGAUCCCGGUGUUUGACUACCCGGUCUGGUUAGUCCUCUGUCGUGGGGGACGAGCCAGGCUCAUUGAGGUUUGUCAGAGAGGGAGGGGUGCCAUCAGACUGCCCACAGACAUGCUCAGCAUCAAGCUUCCCCAGCUCUUCGACAUCCACCAGGUCCCCAAGGUGUUCAGGGAGGACAGCAUCAUCUCUGGAUACCGUCAUCCGCGGAGCUCAGCGCUGGACUGCGUCCUCAGCAGCUUCCAGAUGAACAACGAGACGAUUAACAUCUGGACCCACUUCCUGCCGACAUGGUACUUCCUGUGGCGUUUCUGUGUCCUCUGCUCCACCCUGAACUUCCUGACCGACAGCUACACCUGGCCCCUUCUGGUGUACAUGCUGCUCAUCUGCAUUUACCCCUUCACCUCCAGCUGUGCGCACACCUUCAGCACCAUGUCCCCAGAGUCCCGCCACAUCUGCUACUUCUUUGACUACGGAGCGCUCAGCCUCUACAGUCUGGGUUGUGCCAUAAGCUACGGCUACUAUGUCAUACCAGACAGCUGGGUGAACAGCUGGCUCCAUCAGCAUUUCGUCCCCAUCGCCAUCGGAAACACACUGUUCUGCACCAGUCUGUCCUGCUAUUCCAGGUUCCUGGAGCUGCAGUUCCCACAGAGGAGUAAAGCUUUAAGGACAGGAGCGUUUGUCCUUCCCUUUAUAUUUGACACUGUUCCUCUGUUUUACAGGAUCCUUCUGUGCUGCGGGGGAAGCUGCAGCUCGAGCGACGCCUUGUCCAGUCACUGUUACCACCUCCUCUUUGCCUUCCUCACCUGUUUCCUGUUUACCGCCCACCUCCCGGAGAGGUUGGCCCCAGGGCGCUUCGACUACUUUGGUCACAGCCACCAGCUCUUCCACGUCAGCGCCGUGGUGGGGACCCACUUCCAGAUGGAGGGCGUGAUAGCGGACAUGACGUCACGGAAGUCGUUGCUCUUGGCCCACGGAGCGAUGCCCUCCUUCCUGGGGACCAUCGGGGUGUUGGUCGCCAGCCUCGCCCUCAACCUGGGUAUCAUCGGCAUUUUCAGCGCCCCGCUGCUGUGGAAACCCUGCCACAGCUCCAACCAGCCGCACGCGCAAACGUGCGAGCGCAAGGAGCAGUGACGGGGGCCACAAAACGGCUCAUUGACUUUCCAGAGGAAAGGUUUGGGCUGUGCGAGAUGACUAUUAACAGUUCACAGUAAUACUUGUUUAACACCGAUAGUUUUAUCAUCCAGAGAUAAAGAGUUUCAUACAUCACGUUCAGUGCUGAAGCAUUUUUCUAACCUGCGUUUUUACACCUGAAGUAUUUGUCCAUGUGUUUACUCAGAAGCUGAGGACCCAGUCGCAUUUAUCGAAGCCUUUUUUUUUUUUGGUGUGUGUGUGUGUGUCUGUUUAAUUUAUUUUGAAGGUUGCUCAAUGUGCAUUUAAAAAAAAAAGAAAAAAAAAAGGCUCUGGGUUGAAGGAAGCACGCUGCUGUAACACAACACACAAGUGCCUUAUUAUAGAGCUAUACUACACUGAUGGAUGUUUACAGUAGAUCACUACGAGGACAAGCCUGAAUCUCAAACUGGAAAACAUUUAACGCGGCAGUUUGCAGGGAUCAUAUUGUGAAUUAACGAUGCUUCUUUGCGCGCGUUACAAGGCCAGAAUCUCCUUCACUUCACGUGAGGAGUCAUUGAAAAUCUUCUUUGUAACUGGACUGCUCUGGUUAGUAUGGUUGUUCUGCGUAUGAGGCGGUCUUUAGGGCAGACGGCACUCAUUCGACUCUACAUAAUAUAAUGCAGAUUGCGUUGCCAGCUCUUAUAUAUCCACCUAUUGAUUCCACUCUGCGCAGGCUGGCAUUGAUUUGCAGGCCAGUGUGGUUCUUUUUUUUUCUUUUUUUUUUUUCUGAUUGCCUCUCUUAUUAUGAACCCCACAAUCUGCCCUCAACAGGGGAAGAAGAGAAAAAAAAAAAAGUUACAGCACAGCGGCAGUGAUUAAAA